UAUGUACAGAACUAUCUAAAAAAUAAUAUGGUGAAGCGUUAGAAGCAGAGAGAAAUUAAGGGAAAGAAGGGUUUUCUUCUUUCUUGGCUUAUAUAAUGGAGUACUACAAAGAAGAAGAGAGUAACAAUAGCAUUAAUAAUAAUAACAAUAAUGCUAUAAAUAGCAACUGCAAUAAUGACAAGAAAGCAACCAUGGAGCGGUCUAGAAAGAAAAGAAUGAAAGGGAAAGGAGGCCCAGAGAACUCGAAGUGCACUUUCAUAGGAGUGAGGCAGAGGACUUGGGGCAAAUGGGUGGCCGAAAUCCGGAAGCCAAACCGCGGUGCGCGGCUGUGGCUCGGCACCUUCAACACCGCCAUAGAAGCCGCUGGCGCUUAUGACGACGCCGCUUGGAAGCAGUACGGCCCGGGCGCCAAGCUCAACCUGCCAGGCCGCCACCACCACUAUCCCCAGUACUCGUCGACGAGUUCUGGGGCUGACUUCGAAUCUGCAGGCCCUCUUAGCAGAGCGGUGAGCGCCGAGUCGGGCGAGUUCGGAGGUUUGGAUGGUUUCACUUGGCCACAACUAGGUUAUGGUGAGGAUGAUGAUUAUAUGGAACUGAUGAUGAAUAGUAGCGUUGAGCUAUCGUUUGGUGGAGAAGGAGAGUGUCUUUUUAGCCAUCUCAUUGGAGAUGGAUCAGCUUGUAUUAGUUUUGAAUAACGAGUAAUGUUCGCCAUGUACGUCCAUCAUCAACCUUAGCUUUGGCUUCUUUUUUCUUCUUCCUUAGUAUAUUAGCUAGGGUUUUGUUGUACGUAGGUGGCUUUUUUGUUUGUUUGUUUACAAGUCCAAACUAGAAUAUAUUACUUUUGUCUCA